GGGACGGGAACAAUGUCAUCAUGUCGCCUUAAAAAGAGUGCAGCUAUGUUGUGGUGAAAGCACCUCGGGAGGAGAACAGAGGAUCAAUAGCAGCAGGAAACAACAACAAAAAGACGCAUCAGAUGUUUCUGUCCGCCAGCGGCUGAAAGUGGAUUUCUUCUCCCCGCAGCAGCGUCCAAAGUGCCUUCAGCUCUCCAUCCAGCGCGAACAUGCCGAGAGGAUUUUUGGUGAAAAGGAACAAGAAAACCAACCCGGUGUCCUACCGGGUCCGCUCCGAUGAAGAGGAAGCGGAGCAAACAGCUGCUGAUGCGCCGCCGCUGUCCUCCUGCGCACCUCUCGCCUCCUUCCCGGUGCGCGCACAGACGCCGACGCCCACCUGCGGGGCGGUGGCCACGGUUCCGGAGCAGGUCGCCAGACCGGUGCAAUUCGGGAACCCGGAGGCUGUGUACCAGGCGCUCUACAGCCCCACCCGCCCUGUCAGCCAGGACCAUGACCGCUCCUACUUCGAGAGACGCUUCAACCUCGGAUCACCAGUUUCCGCGGAGUCUUUCCCUACACCAGCAGCGCUCCCCGCUUUGGACCACCUCUUCGCCCCGGUGGACCUGAAAAUCGGCUCCAGCAACAGCAGCCGCACCGAAACAAGCGCCACAUCCACCGCGGCGCUCCCCACCGCUGGGACCAAACGGCCAUCCAGCGACACCGAGCGCAAAGGCAAACCGUCAUCCAAGAAAACCAAAGCUAUCCGGAAACUGCACUUUGAGGAUGAUGUCACCACAUCUCCGGUUCUCGGGCUCAAGAUUAAAGAGGCUCCGGUGGACCAGAAGACACCCAAACCGCAGCCACCCGGAGGUGACAACAUCCCGAUGGGUGAAUUCGUGUGUCAGCUGUGCCGGGAGGCGUACGCGGACCCGUUCGCUCUGGCGCAGCACAAGUGCUCCAGGAUAGUCCGGGUUGAGUACAGGUGUCCCGAGUGUGACAAGGUGUUCAGCUGCCCGGCUAACCUCGCCUCGCACCGUCGCUGGCACAAACCGAAGCCGCAGAGCGGAGCUCCCGGUGUGCAACAUUUGGAGAGCGACAAGGCGGCCGCGUGCGGUAAGACAGCGCCGGAAGAAGCUAAGGAUUCUAGUGACAGGGACACACCCAGCCCCGGACCGUCCGAGUCCGGCUCAGAUGAAGGACUGUAUGAUUGUAAUCACUGUGGGAAAAAGUUUAAACGCCAAGCGUACCUGCGGAAGCACCUGGUGUCUCAGCACGGCUCCCCAAAACCGGCGGCGGAAGACGAGGACGCGCCGGUGUGCGAGCAGAGCGCGGCGCCGCUGAACCUGAGCUCCUCCACCUGCCACCCGUGUCCGGUCUGCGGGGAGAACUUUUCCAACAGAGGCAGCCAGGAGCGGCACAUCCGCCUGCUGCACUCCUCACAAGUGUACCCGUGCAAAUACUGCCCCGCCGUCUUUUACAGCUCCCCGGGACUCACCAGACACAUCAACAAAUGCCACCCGUCCGAGAACCGGCAGGUGAUUCUGCUGCAGAUGCCGCUCCGCCCCGCCUGCUGAUCCGGGGCUGCUUUCACACUGUCAGAUAACAACCAAGUCCAGCCUUGUUUCAGAAAGGAUUUUAGGGUUACACUGCAAAAAUACCAGUUUGUUUUUUAAAUGUUGGCUCCUAAAAAGUACUUUUUUAAACCCGUGUGAAAAACAUGGCACUUUGGUGAGAAGAUGUAACUCUGUUUGACUUUACUGUGAUGGGAGUGAUUUAUUUUCUUGUUUCUUAUUUGGUUAAAAAAUCACCAAAUUCUAAACAGAUCUCCUAUUUUAACACACUGAACUCCAAAUUUCUUAAACACUUCUAAAACAAUGUGUCUCAUUUUGCCUUAUUUGGGGAAUUUAAUUCAAGUAAAUGCACAAAUCACAUAAGAAUACAGAGGAAUUUGUCCUUGCAUCACCAUUUCCUGGCAGCUUUUGAGGUAAAAGAAGAAAUGAAAGGGUAUUUUUUGCAGUGUGACUCCUACAGUAACUUACAUGCACCAAUUUGUAGAGGUCAGAGGUCAGCCACUCACCUGCAGCUGGCAGGGAUUCAGUGCCUUGCUCAAGGACACUUCAGCAGGUUCUGGGUGUGUGUUUGAACCCUGCCCUAUAAUGCCCCCCCAUCUCUGACGUCAUACUCUAAACACUUAAAGGUUAGACUGUUAAUUUAUUUUUCUAGCAUCUCUACACAAGUGCUAUUAGCUUCUAGACCUAAGAGAGGGGAUGACCUGUAGCUGAUAAAAAGCAGAAUUCACAGGCCUGAGAAGACCUUAUCUCAUCACUCUGAUUAGCUUUAACAUAGCUUGUGGAUCUGUGGAUCAGUAGCUGUUGCCUGAAAACAAAAAAAGAGAGUAAAACUAGUGUAGCCGGUAAUGCCUUUGGAUUAGAAACUCCUGCUGUAAAACUGCCUUAAACUGAUCUGAUUGUCUUUUGAUUACUUAUUUAUCACUGGCUGGGUACGAUAUGAUUAUUAUUUUUUACAAAGCCUUCUGUAUUACCAUUAUACAGUAUAUCAGACUCCUUUUCUUCUAUUUAUUUAUGUAUUUAUUAAAUUAUUUGUGUAAAUUAUUGCUCUGUGUGCUCUGUGAUCUGUUGCCGUGUUUUUCUUCAUGAUGUAGCCAAAUUUAUUUUCUUUAACUUAUAUGAAAACGGUGAGAGGAGGACGGUGUGUUCAAGUGACAUUAUAGCAAUCAAUGAGUUCUAUCAGCCGCUCCUGAAUAAAUAAUAAUGAAUGCAAUCAUUGAUUUCACUUUGUAUUUUUGUUUUUUGUUUUUUUGGUUUCUUUGUAACCAUUGGCUCUUACACUGCUUUGGAUGUUUCUGCAGUAUUUUGCUAAAUGUCCAAAUAUAAUAAAAACCAAACUGAGAAACAGUU